AUGCCCUCCGCCCUGCGGUGCCACAGCACCACGGCUGCUGAUGCUUCAGCGAAGGCAAAACUGACCUCUCCGGGUGCUCCUCUCACCCACGUCCUCAAGCCCAUCCCCACAUCCGGCGCAGCCUCGUCAUUUUCCGUGACGCCCUCGGCCGUUGUUCUUCACACAUCCUAUGCGUCGCUUUCAGCCGCCGACGAGGUGGGGCACGACGGGAGCUGCAGCCGUGGCGUGGACGCAGGUGAUGGGUCUACUAGGGUUGCCCACUUCACGGCAACGCCGUCGUACGCCGUGACGAACGUUGCUGCGUUCGAGCAGCUCAUUGCGAAGGCACUUCGCCUGUCUGAGGUGACGCUGGAGGCGGCCGCGACAGAAGCAGCACCACCGGCGCCCUCACCAUCUUCUCCGGUGUUGGCGACGGCGUCUUCUCGGGGAAGUGCUCGCGAGGCCCCCAUCACGCUCAUUGCGGAUCACACGGUUCGCGAACUGCUAGUCCUCCUCGCCGAGGCCGAGGGCACCCUCGCCCCCUUCACGGCAUGCAAAGCGAGGGUCGACAAGUUCGUCUACGGCGUGUAUCUGCCGCUGCUCAAGUACGGCACCUUCUCGUUUUUCGCUGCGCAGCUCGUCGUGUACUUCAACUGGAUCUUUUUUGUGUUUGACUGGAACUUGGUGGAGCCAACCACGUACUUCCUCGCCUACACGGGCGUCUUCUGCAGUGUGGUGUACCACUACUACCGCUGCAGCGGGGACGGGUCUACCUGGAAGGACGUGUUUCAGCAUCUCGCCCGUCGCAAGGCGGAGAAGAAGUACGCGCAAGUGCAGCUAGACGUGGUUGGCAUGGCGCAGCUGCAGCGACGCAUCACCUUGAUCAGAAAGGAGCUGGCCCGCAUGUCUGUCUAG